UCUGUGGUCAGUAUAUUCUUAUCUGUGCCACAGGUAGCAUCACUAGUAGACAGACGGUCACGGUAGACAGUAGUUCAUUCUCAGUUCUCUGUCUUUUCAUUCGUGUCAUAUUUUCAAGCGAAAAUUUUAGUUUUACUAGAUUGUUGAAAUUACAUUUGUAUUCCCGUUUCAUUAGUUAAUCAAUUAUUUAAGUGUAAAGUGUUAUUGGUUUUAGUUAAUACUAAGUUAUUAUGGCUGAUUUUUUGGAAUCCGAAGCUGAGGAAAGCGAGAUUGAUUCUGAAGAUGAGCAGCCAGCGAAGAAGCCUAAGCGCAAGGCUGCCGUGCAAAGUGAUGACGAAGAUGAGGAUGAAGAAGAUGAUGAGGAGCGUCUCCGGGAAGAACUUAAAGAUUUGAUAGAUGAUGCUCCUAUAGAGGAGUCAGGGAGUGAUGGAGAGGAUUCAGACGCUAGUGCAGGACCAAAGAAAAGAAAGAAAAGUGAUGACGAACUGGAUGAUAGAUUGGAGGAUGAGGAUUAUGACCUCAUUGAGGAGAAUCUUGGAGUUAAGGUUGCAAGAAAUAAAUUCAAGCGGUUGCGACGCUUGGAUGAGGAUGAUGACAGUGACAACGAAGGGAAUGAUGAUCCAGAACUUGAGAGGGAAGUCAUCGCUGAGAAACUCUUUGUUGGAGGAUCAGAUGAGGAGGAUGAAAAUCGUUCAGAAUCAGCUGCACCUCGUGGAGAGGCGGACUAUGAUGAUGAUAAUGAGGAUCUGGAGUCAGACGCGGAUGAUUUCAUUGUCGAUGAUGACGGUAGACCCAUAGCAGAACGCAAGAAGAAGAGGAAACCUAUUUUCACUGAUGCGUCAUUACAAGAAGGUCAGGACAUAUUUGGUGUGGACUUUGACUACGACGAGUUUGAGAAGUAUGGGGAAGAAGAUUAUGAAGAUGAAGAGGACGAGGACCUCGAUGAAUACCUUGAGGAUGAGGAAGAAGAAGGUGAAAAGCGCAGAACAAAGAAGGGAAAACCUAAGCGACCGAGUAAGAAGUCCAUAUUCGAGAUCUAUGAGCCUAGCGAGUUGAAGAGAAGCCACUUCACUGAUUUGGACAAUGAGAUUCGUAAAACGGACGUGCCGGAGCGCAUGCAAACUCGCGAAGUGCCGAUCACACCCGUCGAGGAAGGCAGCACUGAGCUAGAAGAUGAGGCGGAAUGGAUAUACAAGCAAGCGUUCUUGAAGCCGCCUGUGUCCAAACCUGAUGCACAGGAGGCUAGGGAGAGAACUCGGAGAGGUAACAGCACAAUAACCAAGAUCCGUCAAGCACUGGACUUCAUGAGGAACCAGACACUGGAGGUGCCGUUCAUAGCGUUCUACCGCAAGGAAUAUGUUCAGCCAGAGCUCAGUAUCAAUGACCUGUGGAAAGUCUAUAAAUAUGAUGCCAAGUGGUGUCAACUGAAGCAGCGUAAGGAGAACCUCCUGAAGUUGUUUGAGAACAUGCGAGAGUAUCAGCUAGACAAGGUGAUGGAGAACCCUGACGCACCCAUACCAGACAACAUGAGGCUCAUCAAAGAUGAGGAUAUUGAGAGACUGAAGAACGUGCAGACCCCCGAAGAGUUGCGCGACGUCCACACUCACUUCCUGCUGUACUACUCCACCGACCUGCCGGAGAUGCAGAAGGUGCAGCGCACUAAGGAGAGGAAGAAGAAUUUGGAGGAGAAGAAGCGUCUAGCUCGCGAGGAAGCAGACAGGAAUGGCGAGGACCCCGAAGAAGCAGCUGCCGCAGUGGAAGCUGCGGAGCCGAGCGAGGAAGAGGUCACCGAGGUCAAGUAUGCCGUGCGCUCCGGACCUUACGAGUUGUGCAGAAAAGCAGGCAUUGAGCCCCUGGUGAAGAAGUUUGGUCUAUCGCCGGAGCAGUUUGCGGAGAACGUCCGCGACAACUACCAGCGACACGAGGUCGAACAACAACCCGUGCCGCCACUAGAAGCCGCCGCUGAAUAUACGGGGUCGAUCGUGUCGGCGGCGGAGGUGGUCCGGCGCGCCGUGUACAUGUGCGGCGUGCAGCUGGCGCGCGAGCCGCUGCUGCGCGCCACGCUGCGGGACGCGCUGCGGGACCGCGCCACGCUCUCCGUCACGCCCACCGCCAGGGGACUCAAGGACAUCGACGAGAACCACGCCUGCUACAGUUUGAAAUACCUAAAGAAGAAGCCAGUACGUGACCUCACGGGCGAUCAGUUCUUGAAACUGACAAUAGCUGCGGAAGACAAACUACUGGAGCUCAAUAUCAGCGAACAGAUUGAAGGAAACACUUCUGCUAGCUACCUGGAGGAACUCAAACAACUGUAUCAGAAGGACGAAUUCGCAGCAACAGUAGAGGCAUGGAACGAAUUACGUGCUGAAGCGGUGACCAUCGCGCUCACCAAGAUAGUGAUGCCGGAGCUUAGGAGGGAACUACAGGCUGUUCUGCUGCAGGAGUCCAAGGAAUAUGUUCUUAAAUGUUGUCGUCGUCGGCUGUACGACUGGCUGAAGGUGGCGCCUUAUGAGUCGAGAGUGUCUGAUGACGAUGAUGAAGAGUGGUCGGAUUCUAAUGGUCUCCGCGUGCUGUCGAUAGCGUACGUCCCGGACCGGCAGCACAGCGCCUUCGCGUGCGUCGUGGGCGCCGGCGGGGAGCUGGCCGACCAUCUGCGCCUGCCGCAUCUACUCUGCCGGCGGAACGCCUGGGACGCCAGGGAGCGCCAGAACAAGGAGGCCGACAUGACGGCACUGCGCAGAUUCAUUCUGCGCAAGAAACCUCACGUAAUUGUAAUCGGUGGCGAAUCACGAGAAGCUCUCAACGUGAAGGCGGACGUGUCAGAGUGUGUUCAACAACUUGUUGAAGACGAACAGUUCCCGCGGAUACCUAUAGAGAUUGCUGACAACCAUAUCAGCAAGAUCUACAGCAACAGUAUUAGGGGACGGAACGACUUCAGAGAGUACCCCGACAUCCUCCGCCAAGCUAUAUGCCAAGCACGCCUACUACAAGACCCUCUAAUGGAGAUAUCACAACUGUGCGGACCAGACGAGGAAAUAUUGUGUCUCCGGUACCAUUCACUGCAGGACCAAAUUGCCAAGGAAGACCUACUCGAAGGCAUCGAGCUUGAAUUCGUGAACAGAGUCAACGAAGUAGGUGUCGAUGUCAACGAAGCAGUGCUUACUGGCCGGGGGACCGAGCUCCUGCAGUUUGUAUGCGGCCUCGGACCAAGGAAAGCACAAGCACUAAUAAAGCUCUUCAAACAAACCAACCAGAAACUAGAAAACAGAACACAACUCGUCACAGUGUGCCACAUGGGACCGAAAGUCUUCAUCAACUGCUCAGGGUUCAUCAAAAUCGAUACGAGCAGUCUCGGCGAUAGCACAGAGGCCUACAUCGAAGUCCUCGACGGAUCUCGAGUACAUCCAGAGACAUAUGAAUGGGCUCGAAAGAUGGCGGUCGAUGCGCUUGAGUACGAAGACGAGGACGCCAACCCAGCUGGCGCAUUAGAAGAAAUUCUAGAAGCUCCCGAAAGACUGAAAGACUUAGAUUUGGAUGCCUUCGCCGAAGAAUUGGAGCGGCAAGGCUUCGGCAAUAAGAGUAUAACAUUGUACGAUAUCAGAGAAGAAUUGAACUCUAGGUAUAAGGACCUUAGGGUCGCUUAUCGUUCGCUCACGCCUGAAGAGUUGUUCGAUGUGCUAACUAAAGAAACGCCGGAGACUUUCUAUGUUGGCAAGAUGGUGUUGGCGUCCGUCGUUGGCAUCACACAUAGGAAGCCACAGAGGGAGAUGUUGGACCAGGCUAACCCCGUCAGGAAUGACGAGACAGGGUUGUGGGAGUGUCCCUUCUGCCACAAGAACGACUUCCCCGAGUUAUCUGAGGUAUGGAACCACUUCGACGCAGGCGCAUGUCCAGGUCAGGCGACGGGUGUUCGAAUCCGGCUAGACAACGGUUUAUCAGGCUACAUUCACAUCAAAAAUCUAUCCGACCGGCACGUGUCCGAUCCGACAGAACGUGUCCGAAUCGGACAGACUGUACAUUGUAGGAUAUUGAAAAUAGAUGUAGAGAGAUUCUCAGUAGACUGUUCAUCGAAAUCAUCGGACUUGUUGGAUAAAAACAAUGAGUGGAGACCUCCAAAAGAUCCGUACUACGAUCAAGAAAACGAAGAUAAGGACCUUCGUAAGGAGAAAGAAGCGAAACAGACGAAAGAACGCAUGCAGUAUGUGAAGCGAGUCAUAGUGCACCCUGCCUUCCAUAAUAUAUCGUUCGCCGAGGCUGAGAAACUCAUGGAGAAGAUGGGACAAGGCGAGGUCAUCGUCAGGCCCAGUAGUAAGGGUUCUGAUCACCUCACUGUCACAUGGAAAGUGGCAGACGGCAUUUACCAACACAUUGAUGUGCGAGAAGAAGGAAAGGAAAAUGCGUUCUCUUUAGGUCGAAGUUUAUGGAUUCAAGGUUCUGAAUUUGAAGAUCUAGACGAAAUAAUUGCGCGACACGUGACUCCAAUGGCAGGGCACGCGCGUGAUCUGAUCGGAUACAAAUACUACAAGCCCCUCGGGGGCAUGAGAGAUAAGGCCGAGGAAAUCCUUAAAGAGGAGAAGGCGCGCAACCCGAACAAAAUUCACUACGUGAUCUCAGCCGCAAAGAACUACCCCGGCAGGUUCCUACUGUCGUACUUACCGCGCGCGCGCUGCACGCACGAGUACGUGUCCGUCACUCCCGACGGGUACAAGUACAGGCAGCGCACCUUCGACUCCCUGCCCGGCCUUCUGCGCUGGUUCAAGGAGCACUUCCGGGACCCGCCCCCCGCCGCCACCCCCGCCGCGCGGACCCCCGCCACCGCGCGCACGCCCCACGCCGGCUCCGUCUACCACACGCCGGCCAACCACACGCCUGCCUUCCACACCCCGGCGCAUACGCCGGGCCCCGCCUACAUCAAUACGCCGUAUACGCCGUCCGCGCAGACGCCUUAUAUGACGCCGUUCGCGACCACUCCUCGUCAACCCGACUUCCUACCGCCUCCGGCUCGCGUGCGACCGCCGCCCUCUGGCUACACGGAGCCCGCGGACUGGCAGAAGGCUGCCGAGGACUGGAUGCGACGCAAUAACCGAGAGGCAUCAUCCACUCCGCGCGCCUCCGCUACGCCUCGCGCGUCCCGCACGCCGCGGGACGUGCGGGACGUGCGAGACGUGCGCGAGUCCCGGUCGCUGGGCACGCCGCGCACGCCGCGCACGCCGGGCGGCGCGGGCGUGUCGGGGCGCUCGUCGCGCGCCAUGUCGCUGCGCUCGACGCCGCACACCAACACGUCGCCGCGCUCCAUGUCGCUGGGCGACGCCACGCCGCUGUACGACGAGAACUAGCGCGCGCCGCCCGCCGCUCUACAGCGCUGUCCGACUGACUCGGCUCGAGGAUGUAUACAGCAUAUUGCUGACGUUAUGUCCCUCGUUACGUUUCUACAUCUGUAUAAACUCCCUAGUAUGUUUUGUUUCGAACUAGACCUCAUUCAUUAGGUAGGAAGUAGUAAAUAGUUCGGGCCGGUGGAGGUUCCCUGCUGGGUGUCCCGGGCCGGGCUACUAGAUAGCUAGAAUCCGUUUAUGAUGUAUAUUGAGAGGUUUGACUGUGUACACCUGUUAUCGUGCCGACCUUCGUCGUAGUAAUACGCCAUGGCUCUACGACGUCUUUACAAACAUUGUAAAUUUAUUAUAUUUAGUAAACUACGCGUAUAGGGUCCGCUGAUUAAAAAUUAUGCCAACAUUAUUUACAUACAAAUCAAUAAAGCAACACGUACCCAACAGAGGUAUUGUAGAGUAUACCAAGGAGUUGGUAUCAUUCAUGACAAUGAAGAUAUUUUUACUGUUAAGACUGCUUUCAUAAUGUAUGAUGUAAAUGCAUAUCUAGUAACUAUGCGAUGAAUUAACUAGUACUUUAUUUUGUAAAGUUUUGUAACAUCUCUUGCUACACGCAGGGGUCUGUGUCUGCUUAGACGCACCGUUUGUUUAUCAAAGAGUUUGAAACUUUAUUCGUGAUUUAUUAAUAAACUCAUGGGUCUUUCAAUUUUCUUUCUUGUUAAACAUAAAGUUCUCUUAUUUACAUUAAUACCACCACUCUUGAGUAUUGUCGUCGUCCAUCGUGUGAAGACUAUGUAAACUGGUCAAAGCUGACGCGUGUAUACACGACAUACAGAUGGUCCGUCUAAGUGGAGAUGGCCCUAACUGUGUAAACUUUUGUUACCUAAUUUGAAUUUGUCGCUUGUAUGAAAGCAAAUUAUUUAAUUAUUGUCAAUACUAUCGAUUGAAAUGUAAUCUUAAUUUAUAAAUGGCAAUAAUAGUAAUGUAUAGUGAAUAACAAAAAUUGGCGAAAAUUCACACUUCAGGAAAUGCCUUAGCUAUGGUUAGUGAGCAAUGGGAUCUUUCAUGGAUUAUUCACAACACUACUCUUGGAAAAUAAUACAAAUUAUGACAAUUA